AUUACGUCCAAACGUCACAAAGAGAUACUUCAAUGGGAAGCGACACUUUAGUAAACCCGUAGAAGCCGUUGUUUACAGCUAUUAUAAUAUUAGUGCCGGGUAUGACAGAAAUAUUUUCAACUUUAUUUGGUCAAAAUGAAACCCAGGGACCACCCGGUUCGUCGUCCCUGGGAUUUGGUCCCGGGAAACCCCCGCCGCCUCUCCCGCAAAAUCAAGUCUCCGUGGCGGGCCAGAUGCCACCACAGCUCGGGGAUGAGGGGCCUCCUCUAAGGAAAUCUGGAGCUAUGAAUGAACCCUUCUACUUACUCCGAGAACUACCUGUUGGAAACGAGUUGACUGGGAAUACCAACCUAAUCACGCACUACAACCUGGAACAUGCCUACAACAAAUUUUGUGGGAAGAAAGUGAAGGAGAAGCUCAGCAACUUUCUACCAGAGUUACCAGGUAUGAUUGACUGUCCCGGGAAUCAAGAUGGGAGCUCACUGCGAUCGCUGAUCGAUAAGCCACCAGUCUCCGGAAACUCGUUCAGUCCGCUCACCGGCGCAUUGCUAACAGGCUUCAGACUACACACAGGCCCGCUUCCAGAACAAUACCGACUGAUGCAUAUACAGCCACCAAAGAAGAAGAGCAAGCACAAGCACAAAAACCAUCGCCCGCAGGACCCAUUACCUCAAGCGGAAACGCCUUCAGACACCGAUCCCAAGAAGAAGAAGAAAAAGAGGGAUGAUGAUCCCGAUCGCAAGAAGAAAAAGAAAGACAAGAAAAAGAAGAAGAACCGACACAGCCCUGAUCACACUGGUCUGGCCGGCUCACAGACCAACAGCAACAGCCUCAGAUAGGCCCGAGCCCACGCGUCUGAGUCUUGAGUGGCGGCUUGUAUAUAAGUCUGUAUUGAUAGAAAAUAUGCUGUUGUGGAAGAGCAGAUCGACUGGAAACUACAAACUUUGUCAUGCAUUCAAGAGCUGUGGGCACGACACUUUGGACUCCUUUAAAUGAUGAGGACAAAGCUAUCCAGCUUUGUCUCUAUGUUGUAAAAAUGUUUCUAUUUCCAACGCAAACUUUUGUUACAAUUUUCAUUGCUCGCCCCAACCAAUGCCAUGGAAUGGAUUUCUCAACAAGAUGACUAGGCAUGCACAGUUAAGCCCAAAAUGUAUUUUUUUUUAAACAAGUUGAAUACAAAUUUGACCAGGUAUGAAUGACUUUUGUCUUGACUGUGCAGACAGUGACACUGAGCCACUUUGCUGUGAAUCUAUUGGCUAACAUGUUUUGGAGCUAUUGUAAAUAAAACCUCUUUUACACAAA